UCGUUCAUAAAUUUGUGAACGUCCCCUUCCAAACAAGCAAAAAGUUACGCCAUAUUGGAAGAUUCGAAAAAGUGAAAAGUGGCUUAUCUGUAAGGAGCGCUGAAAAAUCAUAUUUUUUACUGUAAAUCUUGUUUAAAGCCAAACUAAAACUAUGAAUCGCCGUGGUGGAAGCGACCGUGGAGGGCGUGACUUUCGCAGUGGCGGGGCGGAGGCUCAUCCAGCUUAAUGCGUCGGAAUGAUCGCAACGGAGGCAGGGUGGAGAAGCGUUUCGAUCGACAGGAACGCAACGGGGAAAAUCUGCGCGCCAUUCGGUGGGAUCAGGAAAAGUUGGACGCUUUUGCGAAGAACUUUUUCAAACCGGCUAGCAGUGUUCUGGACCGUUCCCGGGCGGAGGUGAAUGCGUACCUGGACAAGAAUGAAAUCACCGUGAUCGGGAAGAACAUCCCGGCUCCGAUUUUGUACUUUGAGGAGGGCGGCUUCCCGAGCAGUAUUCUGGCGGAGAUUACGCGCCAAGGUUACAAGGAACCGACGCAGAUUCAGGCCGUCGGAUGGUCAAUUGCGACCAGUGGCCGGGACAUGGUGGGUAUCGCCAAGACCGGAAGUGGCAAAACGUUGGCUUACAUUUUGCCGGCGUUGAUCCACAUCAGCAACCAACCGAGGUUGAUGCGCGGAGACGGUCCGAUUGCGUUGGUUUUGGCCCCGACUCGGGAGUUGGCGCAGCAGAUUCAGCAGGUUUGCGACGAUUUUGGUCGGAGAAUGAGCGUCAUGAACACAUGCAUCUUUGGAGGUGCCUCCAAGAUGGGACAGGCAAACGACUUGAGACGGGGCGUCGAGAUUGUGAUUGCCACGCCAGGUCGGUUGAUUGAUUUUCUCGAAAGCGGGACGACAAACUUGCGCCGGACGACGUAUCUUGUGCUGGAUGAAGCCGAUCGUAUGCUUGACAUGGGCUUCGAGCCUCAAAUCCGAAAAAUCAUCUCCCAGAUUCGUCCGGAUCGCCAGGUUCUUAUGUGGUCCGCCACUUGGCCUAAGGAAAUUCGCAAAUUGGCGGAAGAAUUCUUGCGAGACUACAUCCAAAUCAACAUCGGUUCGCUCAACUUGGCCGCGAACGAGAACAUUUUGCAGAUCAUCGAGUGUUGCCAGGAGUACGAGAAAGAAUCGCGUUUGUUUAAGCUACUCGCAGAGAUUGGUAAACAGGGUGAUAACAAGGCGAUUGUUUUCGUUGAAACAAAGCGGAAGGUCGAUCAAAUUGCUGGAAUAAUUAAACGUAACGGAUGGAGAGCGGAUGGAAUCCACGGUGACAAAACACAAAAAGAUCGCGAUUACGUUCUGAACACUUUCCGACGCAUGAACAACGGAAUCCUGGUGGCCACCGACGUGGCUUCUCGUGGUUUAGAUGUGGACGAUGUCAAGUACGUCAUCAACUUUGAUUUUCCGAACAACACGGAGGACUACAUUCAUCGUAUCGGUCGUACCGGACGAUCUACCAACAAGGGCACGGCUUACACCUUCUUCACGCCAUCCAACUCUUCCAAGGCUAACGAUCUGAUUCAAGUGCUGAAGACGGCCAAUCAGUAUGUCAACCCGGAACUGCAGGAGUACGCGCGCUUCGGCGGCGGUGGUGGUCGUAACCGUGGCCGUGGAGGAAGCGGCGGAGGACGAUUUGGAGGCGGUGGAGGCCGCGAUCGUGGCUCGUUCAGAAAUGAUGCCAAGGGUCGACGUGGGGACGAUUUCGGUCGGAAUGGAGAUGAUCGUGGACCGAAGUUUGCACGCCGGGAUGACUACGGCGGAGGUUUUGGAGCCAAGAGUGGUGGUGGUGGCCUGGAUAGUGGAUUCAAAUCGGGUGGCGCGUUUGGUUCCGGCGGUGGGCGCGAUGGUGGAUUCAGGUCUGGAGGAACCUCAGGAUUGGGAGGGUUUGGCAGUAGCAACAGCAGCAGCGUCCGCCCUCUGAAUGGCGCCAGUUCUGGUGGGUACGGCGCAGACAGACACGUUCCAAGCAUUCCAUCUGCUGCCAGCUUCAGCAAGCCUCCGCCGUCGUUUGGAAGUGCGCCACCUUCCGGUUUCAGUGCUCCGCCACCUUCUCGCGGCACAGACCUACGAUCGAGACCUCCAUUGGCGAGCACAGUUGGCAGCUCGUUUGGAUCACUCAACGGAAGUGCGGGCUACGGAGCUGGUGGUGCGGGCGGUUUUUCCAGCAGCACCAGUGCUCGACCCUACUGAACUCAUACAAAAUCAUGGAAUAAUCACUCAUACCGGCAAAAAUACAAAUUUUAACUAGCGUGACAUAACCAAAAUCCCACAUCGCUUUGCAUGAAUAUUUGCUUCAAUCAGUGGAACGGUGACAAUUUUUUAUUAUUUUUAUUACUUUCAAAGUUUAUAAAGAGCCUCCAGGUUCGCAACUCAAUCAUUGCUUAACUUCACUAGAACACAUUACUAGCGAUAAGUCUAAUAUAUUAAGCUGAGAAAAAUAUAAAAUGGGGUGUAUAUCGUCAAA